CGCUUACAGAAUAUUGUUGUUUUUUAUUAUUACAGUCUCGUACGUGUUUUUUCUUCUUCUCAUUUGAAUACAUGAGUCGUUAUAAAAUUGUUUGUUUCAAAAACAAAUACAAAAGCAUAUGUUUCUUGUUUAUGGAUAAGUUUCUUUUUAAACUCAAGAUUGAAAAAUGAUAUUUAAGUGAUAGAUUAUAACAAUAUUUUUUAUUUAAACGUUAUUAUAUUUUUUUCAACAAUGGAAGGAGCAACAUUUCUUAUUUUAUUAUCGUUUGUAAUGUUAAUUGCUAGCUAUUUUGCAGGCAAUCUUCCUUUAGUGAUGCCUAUGUCAGAGUCUAAAUUAGAGCUGGUGUCAAUAUUUGGAGCAGGUCUUCUAGUUGGGACAGCUUUGGCUGUGAUAAUUCCUGAAGGAAUACACUCACUAUAUUCUUCUGUGAUGCCACAUAAAGCUGCUGAAAAUGUAACAGUAGAAGUGGAUUUUAACAGUGUAAAUUUUCAUUCAAUAAUUGGAAUAACAUUAGUUUUUGGUUUCACUUUAAUGUUGCUCAUUGACCAACUUUCGUCUAAGUACACUAAAGAUUUAGAGAGUGGACAUCAUCAUCGAAGUUCUGGUAGUAUGACAGCAACUCUAGGACUUGUAGUACAUGCAGCUGCUGAUGGUAUUGCAUUAGGUGCAGCUGCUGCUUCAACUCACACUGAAGUUGAAAUGAUAGUAUUCAUAGCCAUCAUGUUACAUAAGGCACCUGCUGCCUUUGGCUUAGUUACUAUUCUUUUACACCAAGGACUUGAUAGAAAACAAAUUAAAAAACACUUGAUGGUAUUUUCAAUGGCAGCUCCAGUUGGUGCUAUAUUGACCUUCUUUUGCAUUGGACAGGAAGGAAAAGAAACUUUGUCAUCAAUGAAUGCUACAGGAGCAGCUAUGCUCUUCAGUGCUGGUACAUUUCUAUAUGUAGCAACUGUGCAUGUCCUUCCAGAGUUGAUGGUUAAAGCAUCUAGAGAUGGUAGUGAUACUUUCAAUCCUUAUCAAUUAAUGUGUUUAGUCUUAGGAUGUUUAACCCCAUUAAUGUUAUCAACUGAUCAUGGACAUUAAAAUUCUCAAUUUAAAAUAUUUACACUCAAGAUAUUGUUUUUUAUAAAACUUUUAAAUUUUGUACAAUGAAAUUUUAAUAUUGAUAUGUAAUAAUUAAUAUAUAUAUAUACAGAAUUUCUUGAAACUAUUUUCCUAUACUUUUAAUAUAUAAAUAAAAUAUAAUAUUUCAAGAAUUUUUUUUUCAUUAUUACUAAAAUACUUAAAACAUUACUAAUUAGUAUUGCAUAUCAAAGAAUGAACAAAAAAUUUAAAAUUACAAGGUUAUUUUAAGGUGUAAAAAAUUAAUUAAAUAACUUGACGGUUAAUAAAUGUUAAAAGAUAGUAUACAAUUUCUAACAUUAUUGUAAAUAAAUGAACAUUUUUUUUUUUUUAUUAAAAACAUUAGUUAAGUAUAUUAAGGUAAAAUAUUUAUAUUAUGUUUUUUUAAUUGAUUAUUUUUGUUAUUUACAAUUUAAGGCUGUGUUAAACAUGUUUAAUUUCCAAAACAGAUAUAUUAUUUUUAAUGAAUUAAUUUUUUAAUGUUUAAAGAUUAUUAUAAUAAAGUUAUAAAUUAAGAUUACAA